AUGUCGUUGAAAUAUCGCUUGAAACGGCUUCUGAUGGACAGGAAAGAACGCAAUAUUCAGUUGAACAGAGGAGCCAUUUCCCUGCCCGAUGAUAUUGCAUUACCGAAGAAGGCUUUAUAUUCCAUACUUAUUCCUUUAUGUUCCAGGAUAUUGAAGGGCUAUUAUGAUUUCGGGAAGGAGGCAUAUUGGAAAGAAGCAAUAGAGUUGCAUAAAGACGCUGAUAAUAGAUAUUUGCUGAAGACAACGGAACGUACAUUCAUUUACCCUAUCUAUCUAUCUAUCUAUCUAUCUAUCUAUCUAUCUAUCUAUCUAUCUAUCUAUCUAUCUAUCUAUCACAGUUUGUUCAUUAUCUAUCUAUCUAUCUAUCUAUCUAUCUAUCUAUCUAUCUAUCUAUCUAUCUAUCAGUUUGUUCAUUAUCUAUCUAUCUAUCUAUCUAUCUAUUUAUUUCAGUCUGUUCAUUAUCUAUCUGUCUAUCUAUCUAUCUAUCUAUCACAGUUUGUUCAUUAUCUAUCUAUCUAUCUAUCUAUCUAUUUCAGUCUGUUCAUUAUCUAUCUAUCUAUUUAUCUAUCUAUCUAUCUAUCUAUCUAUAAUAUAUUAUACUUUACUGUUUAUUCUUUAUCUAUCUAUCUAUCUAUCUAUCUAUCUAUCUAUCUAUCUAUCUAUCUAUCACAGUUUGUUCAUUAUCUAUCUAUCUAUCUAUCUAUCUAUCUAUCUAUCUAUCUAUCUAUCUAUCUAACUAACUGUUACGCCACACUUCUCUUAAAUAAUAGUAAACCUCUGACCCUAACUGCAACAAGCACUGUCCUUAUGUGGUCCUCCGCCAUAUUGUCCUUGAUAGUCCUCAUACUGUCACUACUCUGGUUUGACACGGACCGGCCAUCAUUCUCCCUCACUGUGACGCACUUUGUCUUCUCCACCCGCCCCCCGCGGAAAAAAAAGAAAGUUGGAGUUAUGGCCAUUCUGUUUAUGGAUAUUUGGCCAGCGUCGAAAGCGAUUAUCCCCCUCGGGCUAAUGGAUGGACAGGUACGUGGAUUUUUAUUACACUAUAAUGUUAUUAUCUAUCUAUCUAUCUAUCUAUCUAUCUAUCUAUCUAUCUAUCUAUCUAUCUAUUUAUCUAUCUAUCUAUCUAUCUAA